AUGUCGUCAGAGAAGAUCAAUGGGACCAGCGCUGCACAGUCGUCACCCGGGUUGCCACCACUGCCGCCGGAUAAGGACAAGCAGCGCGUCGAUCGACGUCGCGCUUUUGUGAAGAGGGUCGAAGCCCCGCCACCUCCACCCCCAGCACCUCCUGCUGACCCCAAUCAGCCAGUGGGCAGCAAUUGGCUGUCGAAGGAGGAGCGGUAUCGACUGCAAGCCGUUCAGGAUGACUGGCGACAGAGCAGACCCAUCUAUAAGUUUGGCCAGAACAUCCACCUGAAGGAGAGCCCGGCGAAAGAAGACCGAGUCGGCGGCGCGGCCUCCACCCUCAGCCAAUCCCCACAAGCCGCCAGCAUCUUUGAUAGGAAUCGGACAACCCCGAAGGCCUCCCCCGGAGAUGAGGAGAAACGAAGGAGUGGCGUGGCAAAAGAUGAAGCAUCCCCAGGCUCUCAACCAUCCACAUCUACUGCCCUACCGCCUGAAGAGGACGUACCGAAGGAUGACGAUGAGAAGAACAAACUGGUGGUGGACGAGGAGAAGGCGGCGGAAGCCCUCGAUCCCGACGAAUUUGACGCCCAGGAGAAGCCGAUCGAUCGAAGCCCGGAGGGGCGAUUCCUGAAAUUCGACGAAGAGCUGGGGCGCGGCUCGUUCAAGACGGUGUUUCGCGGGCUCGACACGGAGACUGGGGUCGCUGUCGCUUGGUGUGAACUGCAGGACAGCAAACUCACCAAGUCGGAACGGCAACGGUUCCGCGAAGAAGCGGAAAUGCUGAAGGGUCUCCAACACCCGAAUAUCGUCCGCUUCUACGACUACUGGGAACGCAGCGAGAACACGGCCAAACGGAAAUACAUUGUGCUGGUGACCGAGUUGAUGACGUCGGGCACGCUGAAGAUGUACCUCAAACGUUUCAAGCGCAUCAACAUCAAGGUGCUGAAAUCGUGGUGUCGUCAGGUGUUGAAGGGACUCUCGUUUCUCCAUUCUCGAAAUCCCCCGGUGAUCCAUCGAGAUCUGAAAUGUGACAACAUCUUCAUCACGGGCACCACCGGCAGUGUCAAGAUUGGCGAUCUCGGGUUGGCCACGCUGAAGAACAAGAGCUACGCAAAGAGUGUCAUUGGAACGCCGGAAUUCAUGGCCCCCGAAAUGUACGAGGAACAAUACGACGAAUCGGUGGACAUUUAUGCCUUUGGGAUGUGUCUGCUGGAGAUGGUGACCGGGGAAUAUCCAUAUUCCGAAUGCCAAUUCCCCGCUCAAAUCUACCGCAAAGUCACUACGGGUACAAAACCGGAGUGCUUCAAUCGAAUCCCGCAGACCUAUCCGGAAAUCCGGGACAUUAUCGAUCGCUGCAUCCGGUUACGACGGGAAGAGCGGUGUACGGUGAAACAACUCCUCAACGACGAUUUCUUUUUGCCGGAUGAGUUGCUGGGAGUUCGGGUCGAGCUCAAGAAUCGGGACGUCGAUUUGGCCGAGAAUAACCAGGAGAUCCAAAUGCAACUGCGGGUGUACGACGAGAAGAAGCGGAAACAGUACAAAUUCAAAGAGAACGAGGGCCUCCAAUUCGCCUUCGAUAUUGUCAACGACUCGGCCGAAGACGUCGUCCAUCAGAUGAUUGAGCAACAGCAUAUCCCUGAUGAGGACACCAGGAUGAUCACCAAGCUCAUCAAGGACAAGGUGGAGCAAUUCCGACGGGAUCGCGAGGUUCGGCACGCCGAGUUGAGAAGGCUGGAAGAAGAGCGGAAAGCGAAAGAAGAGGAGGACGAGGUGAAGGAGGAGCUGCGACAACGGGCUGCCGCUCGAGAAGCCACGGCCACACUCACCGCGGCCACGCUACAGACUUCCAUCGAGGCGAUAAACGGGCAUGCCGACCAGCCGGAAAUGCCCCCGUUGGCAAUGAGCCCGGAUGGGGAAUCGAAGAGGAAGAGCGGAAGCAAGAAGAAGCACGUCACCCUCGAGAUUCUGAAGGUCGACACCACCGAGAAUGGCACACCCUCGGCGCCGCUGGUCUCGUGCCGUCUGGACACCCCGCUGCGACAGGUCGUCUUCCAGUUCGCUCCCGGACAGGACAAGGCCGAUGAUAUCUCCAACAAAUUGUUCGCGCAGCAGUGCAUGUCGGAGGAUCAGAUAGACACCGUCACCGAGCAGCUCAACGAGGUCGUCAAGUUGCUGAACGAGGACACGCAAAAUCAGACGGGCCUCAAGAUUGUCGCCGUGCAAGAACCCGGCCAAACUGUCUGCACGCUCACUAUCAUCACCCCUUCGAAGUCGCAACAAUCUCAAGGAGCCGCGCCCAGUACUGCUGACGUUGCUGGCGAAAAGUCGGAAACGGUGACGAAAUCGAGCCUGCCGCCCGCUACGGUCGAGGAUGACGCCGGCAAGGCCAAGGAUUCGACGGCCGGCGAGGCUUCAACCCCGGCUUCCACCCUCUCAACCCUCCUCCCACCGCCCGCCCUGUCGAACUGCUCGACGGCGUCGUCACCAUCGAACACGGCCUACUCGAACAACUCCUCCGUCAACAGCAACGCCAGCACGCAUGGACGAUUCUCGGUGCGCACAGUGGCAGCCCCGGAUUCUGGUGUCGGCUCAGCGACAACAUCCGUACACGCUUGCGAGGCUGCCGACCAGCUUUUCAUGGCUUCCACGACCGCUUCUGCUGCCGGAUCUCUGCCGGCGACUGCGUCAAGUACAGCUGUCAGUUUUAUCUUUCCUAUUUUGAACGCAUUUCCGGCCCCAGGCACGGUGACCGGGUCGACCGUCACGCUCACACCGAACGCCUUGGCCACGCCCACCGAAUCUGGACAGCAGCCAUCCGUCAUCCCGCAACAUCUACAAGCUUCAACAUCUCACACGCCCUCCUCUCAAAUCGACGGGCAGCCCUCAAGCACGAAUCUGUUGCUGACGGAUCUGUCGAGUCGACUCAACGAAUUGUGCCUCAAUCAAGCUGAAGCCGACGAUGAGCAUCAACAACAGCAAGAAGUGGAGCAGCAGCCGAGUAGCAGCAGUGUACAGCUUGUCACACUCAAUGGUUUGGCCGAUGCGCUCAAUAAGGUGAUACACAAGGAUACGUCACGGGAUAUGGAACGAGAAUCGUCAGCCAUUCCCCAGCAGGGACGCCAAUCGCCCACCGCCGAGAUGGAGAUGAGCACCAUGAUGUCGUCCUCCUCGCAGACAUCCCUUCCAACAGCCGUCAUGUCAACAACAUCACUCUACGACAAUAAUUGGGAGCAAGAAGAAGAGAAAACGCGACGAACACAAUCCGCCAAGGCAUCCACUGCACUCGCCAAUCUCGACUCGGCACUCGCUUGUGCUCUGGCGAGAACAGCAACAAGGACAGGAGCACAUACACCAUGUCUUGGACAAGGACAUGAUCAUCUACCAUCCACAUCAUCUACAGUACCCACCAGUGGGGAUGGAGGAGCAGGAGGAGCUGCAGGAGGAGCAGGAGCUCAUUUCCAUCUUGGGUCUCCGCCAAUCCAUUCCCCAAUGAUCCCGCACUCUGAUCAGGAUCAUUUCGACUACGAUGGGGGUUUCGAGGAGGCGUUCGAGGCGGAUUUCGAGAAUGAGGAGAUUGUCAAGCAAUUUCGAGCACGACAUCUACGGGAAAGACAAGAACUCAUGGAUAGACAGCACAGGGAGAUACAGCAGGUUCGCGCCCACUUCUUCCACGCGCGCCUCCUCUCCUCAUCGGCUAGUUCCUCUACGGCAGCUGCAGUCCCUCCUCCAGCCCGUUCCUCAUCUACAGCCCCAGCUACCGUACCCCAUCAGGCGUUGAGUGGCGUGUCUCUCUCCCUUCCCUCCUCUCCGCCACCUCCGAAUAUCGUGUCAUCAUCGGCAGCUGUUGCUCCCCCGUCGUCUCUAUCUGCUGCUCCAUCAGCCUCCACCUCUUCAGCCCAUCAUCGUCAGUCAUCAGCCCCUCCCCUUCCGCCUCCAUCCACC